AUGUCGACUGCUGUUCGCCGUCAAGCAGAGGAAACCGCCGUUGCCGCACCGCAAUUCAUCCCGCCCAAGAUAGGUUAUGCGCUCAAGCCUCAGACCAAAGUAGCUAAGCCUACCGCUGCAGCCCAGCCAGAUGACUCUAAGGAUGAUAUUGUACCGGGAUUCAUCCCACCCAAAAUGCCUUUUGUUGCAAAGACGUACCAGCAGCAAAAGUCUACCAAUGAACAGGCUAGCCCUCAAAGGCUUGCCUCAGUUGCGUCUGUCAACGACAACAAGAAAACUGCCGCGAAGGAUUCGAAGAACUCAAAAGACACCAAGAACGCCAAGGACAACAAGGAUACCAAAAACACCAAAGACACUAAGAACACAAAGACAAGCACCAAGAACGCCAGUCCUCAGAAGCUUGCGGCCCAGAACAAUGCAGACGAUGAUAAACUGCCCAGUUUCAUCCCACCCAGGUCACCUUUCCGAGGCCCCAAGAAGCCCCAACCUACUCAAUCUGUUCCUAGAGACACAGUGCCCCAAUUCAUUCCUCCCAAGAAUCCUUGGUUGCCGUCCAAGUUCAACACACGCUCAGCAAACGGUGAUAUCAAAGCUGCUUCUCAAGAGACUGCCAUUCCUGAUCCUGAGCAGAGAUCUUCUCGAGCCGAUCUUCUGAAGCGUGACGAGGAAGAUGAAGCUAAUGUCGACUUCGAAGAAGAGGACGACGAUGAGCUCAGUCCCUCGGACUUCCCCAAUCUUGGCGACUCUGAGGACGAGAAAUCCGACGACGUUGAGAACAAUGACUCUGAGAACCUUCCUGCUGUCGAUAUGUCUGAGCAACAGGCUGAGAAUGAGGAGACCGAUGAGGCUCAUAACCAGGAUUCAGCGAACAUUCCUGUUGCCAAUAUGUCUGAAGAGCAGGCCGAGAACGAAGAGGCGGCCAAUGUCCAGGAUGAAGAUGACGCUAAAAACUACUUUGGUGGUGACUUCGAUGAUGAGGACGCCAGCAAUGCCCCUACUCGUCUAGAGGCCCGAGGCGUUGCAAAGCGAAACAUGAUUUACUUCACAAACUGGGGUACAUACGGGGCGGAUUUCCAGCCCCAAGACCUCCCGGUGAAGCAUGUUACGCAUGUGCUCUACUCAUUUGCCAAUGUAAACGCCAAAGAUGGAACAGUACAAUCGUCAGACGAGUCGGCAGACACCGGGAGACUCUAUUCGGGUGACGUUGGGGGUGGUAACAACGCAUAUGGGUGUGUUAAGCAGCUGUACAUUCUCAAGAAAAAGAACCGCAAUUUGAAGAUGCUGCUUUCGAUAGGCGGCUACAAUGGAAGUCCAGCACUCGCCGCUGGUGUGAGCACCCAGGCUGGCCGAAGGCGCUUCAUCGCUACUGCUGUCAAACUCAUUACAGAUUGGGGAUUUGACGGCAUUGAUGUGGACUGGGAGUAUCCAACUAAUGCUCAGGAGGCUCGAAACUAUGUUCUGAUACUGAGUGAACUUCGAAAAGCCCUUGACAGGUACUCAGCAGACAAUAAGCUCAAUUAUCACUUCCUGCUCACAGUUGCCUCACCAGCAGGUUCAAGCCAUUACAACACCAUGGAUCUCAAGAACAUGAACCGCUAUAUUGAUGCCUGGCAUCUGAUGGCUUAUGAUUAUGCUGGCCCCUGGGACUCUACCACUGGUCACCAAUCGAAUGUCUUCUUGGACAAGAAGAACCCACUUUCAACGAAGCUCAGCACCGAUGGUACUCUCAAUGCUUACAUCGCUGCUGGUAUACCCCCUGAGAAGAUCCACAUGGGCAUGGCUCUUUAUGGCCGUUCCUUUUCUAAUACAGCUGGUCUUGGCAAAUCGUACUCCGGCACUGCUGGUAACUCGGAAGGAAUCUACCUUCUCAAUGAGCUGCCUCGUCCCGGAGCCAAGACUUCCCAUAGCUCUUCUCUUAUGGCCAGCUGGACAUAUGACAGCAGCAAGAAGGAGCUUGUGACAAUGGAUGACCUCAAGUCAGGCCAAGCCAAGGCUGGUUACAUCAACCAGCGAGGUCUUGGUGGUGCUUUCUAUUGGGAAGCCAGUGGCGAUAGAACCGGAUCCGCAAGUGUGGUUGCUGGUGUCCAUCGUACCCUUGGCAGUUUGGAGAAGAGCCAGAAUCUUCUUAAAUACCCCACGAGUAAAUACGACAAUAUUCGAAACAACAUGCCCUGA